AUGCAGGGUUGUUCACGAGAAAUUGAGGGCGAUAGGUGGCGCCGCUGCGGCGACGCCGCCGCCGCCACCGUCAGAGUUCCGUUCCAAAUUCUGACAACCACCCUCCUCAGUCUCCUCCUCCCCCUCUCAUUCCUCCUCCUCGCCCGCCUCUCCACCGCCCAAUACUUCCUCUCCGCCACCGACAACUACCCCCAGGAGGCGGAGGCGGACGCGGCGGCGGCGGCGGCGGCGGAGCCCACCUCCACCUCCUUCUUGCGCUCGCUCUUUCUAUACUCCAAAAAACCCACAGUCCUCCACUUCCUAGUCUCUCUCAUCACCGUAUCGUCUCUAACGUACGCCCUAACCGGAAAAUUCAUAUUCCGGCCGAGCCACCAUUCCAUCUCCGGCGCCGAUCAGCCGCCCUCAGAACGACGCCGUUUAUACGGUGCAUGGCUUCUGCUUUUCGUUUUUCAAGUCUGCGUCGGAUUAGGCAUCGAAGGGAGCAUCGCCGCCGGAAUAGACGGCUCCGGGUUCGGGCAGGAGAGCAGCUUUCUGUUGAGAAUUGCUUUCUUCUUCGGCCUCCACGAAACGAUUCUUUUCUGGAGGUGGACGGUGGUGAAGCCGGUGGUGGACGACACCAUGUUCGGCUGCUGGAGGAAGGAAGGUUGGGUUGAGAAGGCGGCGGUGGGGCUGAGCUACGGCGGGCUGUGGUGGUGGCGGCUGAGGGAGGAGGUGGAGGCGCUGGUUGUGGUGCCGGCGCUGAUGGCGGAGGUUGGGGUGGCGGACUUCAUGGGGUGGUGGCUGUAUUAUCUGACGGUGGCUAUUGGGUUAGUCAGGGUGGUCAGAGGUUUUGUAUUUGCGGUUGGGAUUUUGACACGUAGGAGAGAGGAAAUUGAUCUCCGCCGCCCGAAUGAUGACAAGGUCUGAGUCUGAGUUAACUCGACCUGUUCAAUUUUUUAUUUUACUUUUAUUUUUAUUUUUUUUAUAAAAAAUCUUGUUUUAAUUUAUUUAUUUAAUUAUGAGAUUCUGAAGAAAUUUCAGACUUGUAAGGAACUUUGGAAAAUAGAAGAAGUUGGUUAAUUAAUUAGUACUCUUGUGCUUGUUUACUUAUGAUUAAUGCCAUCACCACAUUAAUUUUAU